AUGGCAUGGAAAUGGGUCUCGAAGGACGAUUCGUUCUUUGAAGCUCUGCUCGAGGAUAGUACUGGGAUCUCUGACGCCGGCAAGAGUGCGGUGAUGCUGCGGCUGUGCCUUGGAUCCAUCCGCGGCUACGCCGGGGAAAUGGUCACGAUGGAAGAGACGGGCAGUGUUAUAUCGAGUGUCAGCGAUUUGUUCUCCGAUGAUGAUGGUGACGACGAUGGCCAUAGCGAUCUUUCCGAAGGCGUCGAGAGAAACGGCGAAUCUAAUAUCGACGAUGAAGUGGGACGCAAGCGGGGGGCGGCCAGGUCGGUGGUAGGCGUGCUCGUUGGUUACCUCUCGAUGAGCAACGGUUGA